UAUUUAGACAUAUCUUAUGGGCUUGGUUGUAGAAUACCGAAAAAAGAAAAAAAAACAUAAAUAAAAAAGAAUUAAUGCCAAAUUCAAAAGCAGCCUAAACCCUCAAAAACCUUCCACCGUCCUCCGCCCUCACUUUCUCUCACACAACCGCCAGCCGCCCCCCCGCCUUUUUUCAUACCCACGCCGCCGCACCGGCACCGACCGAUGUUUCUGUAAUUUAGCUUUUUUUUUUCCUUCUUCUCAGGCAAUGGCGGCUAGAAAAGAUAUUUCUUCUCAGGCAGCGGCGGCAAGCAAAGAUAGCAACACGAAGAAAUCGUGGUCGCCGCACCUGGAUAAGGAGAAGGACUAUGAAGCAUUAAGAGAGAUAUUCAAACAUCAUAUAGACUCGUUCGAUUAUAUGGUGGAGCAUGGUUUCGAAAAGAUGAUGCUCGGAUUGAAGCCUGUCGAAGUUGUCGAUUCUUCCACCAAGCAAAAGCUUAGAAUUUGGUUUGAAAAUCCGGAAAUAUUUCCUCCUCAAAAAGAUCGUGCUACCAAAACCAUUGCAGAUCCUUUAUAUCCUUUUGAGUGUCGACAAGCAAAUCUCACAUAUGCGGGGAAGUUCAUGGUGGACAUUAAAUACCAGUAUGAUGAGGGUGUCGUUAUUAGAGACAGAGUUAGUCUUGGGCAAUUUCCUAUCAUGUUGAAGUCGAAAUACUGUCAUCUUAAAGAUGCGAAUACUAAGAAAUUAGUUUCACUAAAAGAAGAGCCUUCUGAAAUGGGAGGAUACUUCAUCUUGAAUGGGCUUGAGAGAGUUGUUCGUCUUCUUAUAUUGCCUAAGCGAAACUAUCCAACGAGCGUUGUCCGGAAUUCAUUUCGUGAACGACGUGAAGGUUAUACUGAUAAAGCUGUUGUCAUAAGAUGUGUUAGAGAAGACCAGUCCGCUGUGACAGUUAAACUAUACUACCUCAAUAAUGGAAGUGCAAGGCUUGGAUUAUGGAUACAAGGAAGGGAAUACCUACUUCCUGUUGGCAUCAUAUUAAAGGCUCUGACUGAGACAACGGAUCAUGAAAUCUAUGUGAGCUUAACAUGCUGCUACAAUGAGAAGUACGACCGGGUUAAAGGAUCUGUUGGCACUCAACUCGUUGGUGAAAGAGCUAAAAUCAUAUUGGAUGAACUUCAGAACUUGUCCCUUUAUACCCGUGCUCAGUGUCUGCAGCACAUUGGGGAGCAUUUCCAACCUCUUAUGGUGGGACUGGAAAAAGAGGGCUACUCCGUUAUUGCUGAUGCUGUAUUAAGAGAUUACGUAUUUGUUCAUCUUGAUGAAAAUAUUGACAAGUUCAAUUUACUCAUCUUCAUGUUGCAGAAACUGUUUUCUCUCGUAGACCAGACUUCGGUUCCUGACAAUACAGAUUCUUUACAAAAUCACGAAGUCCUAUUGCCUGGACACUUAAUAACCAUUUAUGUCAAGGAAAAACUACAAGACUUUUUGCUCAAGGCCAAACAGGCUCUUCAGGAUGUUGUUGACAAUAAAAAGAAGAAUUUUGAGAUGAGCAGCUUGGCAGAUGUUAAGAAAGUCAUCGACAAAGCUUUUCCAAAGCAAAUUGGUGCAGCUAUUGAAAAUUUGUUGAAGACGGGAAAUUUGGUUACAAAAACUGGUCUAGAUUUGCCGCAGAAAUCUGGGAUGACAGUUCUGGCCGAGAGAUUAAACUUUCUGCGUUUUAUUUCUCACUUUCGAGCUGUCCAUCGAGGUUCUUUAUUUGCUGGCCUUCGCACCACAAGUGUACGAAAGUUGUUGCCUGAGUCCUGGGGAUUUCUCUGUCCUGUUCAUACACCUGAUGGGGAGCCAUGUGGGCUGCUGAAUCAUAUGACUUCCUCUUGCCGGAUAACUUCACAUUAUGAUUCUGAAGGACAAGUAAAAGACUUCCUUGAAAUUCGAAAGUCGAUUUCAAGAGUGCUGGUGAGCAUUGGAAUGAUUCCAUCAUUGCCAAAGCUUGUGCAAGCUGGUCCCCCUGAAGUUCUUCCUAUUCUUCUAGAUGGGCGUGUUGUAGGUUCUAUUGCAUCUGAUAUCGUUGGAAAAGCUGUCACUCACCUGCGGAGGUUAAAGGUUUCAGCAACUUCUGCGAUACCUGAGGAUCUUGAGGUUGGUUAUAUACCUCUGAGCAUGGGUGGUGCAUACCCUGGCUUAUACCUGUUCACAUCUGCAUCAAGAUUUGUUCGACCGGUGAGAAACCGCCUGAUACCUCCUGGUGAGAGCAACAAUAUUGAGCAUAUUGGGCCCUUCGAGCAGGUCUACAUGGAAAUUAGUUGUCCUGAUGGUGGAGAUGGAGGUAGGAAGAAUGUAUUCCCGGCUACUCAUGAAGAAAUUCAUCCAACUGGAAUAUUGAGUGUUGUUGGAAAUCUCACACCUUGGUCUGACCAUAAUCAGAGUCCUCGUAAUAUGUACCAGUGUCAGAUGGGAAAACAAACAAUGGGUUUCUCUUGUCAAGCUAUAAAUUGUAGAGCCGAUCAAAAGCUGUAUCAUCUUCAGACUCCACAGACGCCAAUUGUGCGCACAAAGACGUAUGAGAAAUACAACAUUGACGAUUAUCCACUAGGAACCAAUGCCAUUGUUGCAGUGUUGGCAUAUUCAGGAUAUGAUAUGGAGGAUGCUAUGGUACUAAAUAAAUCAUCUGUUGACCGUGGAAUGUGCCGUGGAUACAUAUACCAGACAGAAAAUAUAGACCUGACAGAAAAAGGGAGCAAGUCGGAUCGCUCGCAACAAACAUUUGGGAGAAGCAAUCUGGACAAGUCAAGUCAUCAUUUGAUUGAUUCUGAUGGACUUCCCUAUGCUGGCCAGAGGAUAAAGCCCGGUGAUCCGUAUUGUAGUGUCUACAAUGGAGUCACGAGUAGAGUUACAACAUCUAAGUUAAAAGGUUCAGACCAUGCCUACAUUGAUUAUGUUGCUGUUGACGUUAAGACCAAAACGCGUAUGCAAAAAGCGAAUAUCCGUUUUCGGUAUCCAAGAAAUCCGGUAAUUGGUGAUAAAUUUAGCAGCAGACAUGGUCAAAAAGGUGUUUGCUCUCAGCUAUGGCCAGACAUCGAUAUGCCAUUUUCAGGAGUUUCCGGAAUGCGGCCAGAUCUUAUUAUCAAUCCCCAUGCAUUUCCUUCUAGGAUGACGAUUGGAAUGCUUUUAGAAUCAAUGGCUGCUAAGGGAGGUGCCAUGGAUGGUAAAUUUGUUGAUGCAACACCUUUCUCGAGCUCUGUGAAGAAUUCUUCUGAAGAAUCUGGAUCAGAACUCACCUCACUUGUAGAUGAACUUGGUUCUAAGUUGAUUGCACGGGGAUUCAAUUACCAUGGUGUGGAGGUAUUGUACAGCGGUGUUUACGGCACCGAGCUGACGUGUGAAAUCUUUAUCGGACCCGUAUACUAUCAACGUCUGCGGCAUAUGGUUUCGGAUAAAUUUCAGGUUCGGUCCACAGGAAUAGUGGAUGAGGUGACUAGGCAACCUAUCAAAGGUAGAAAACGUGGUGGUGGGGUCCGCUUUGGAGAAAUGGAGCGAGACUCUCUUCUUGCCCAUGGAGCAGCGUAUCUAUUACACGACAGGUUACACAUGAGCUCCGAUCAUCACAUUGCUAAUGUGUGCUCCAUCUGUGGAAGCAUCUUGACUACAUCUAUCAUCCAAUCAAAUACAAAAGCGAUACGUGAUAUGAUCGUCGGUAGGGACCUGCCAGGUGGCAGAACCCCCAAGAAGGUAACGUGUGUUGUCUGCCAAACUAGUAAAGGAAUGGAGACAGUUUCCAUGCCCUACGUCUUCAGAUAUUUAGCCGCAGAAUUGGCAGCCAUGAACAUUAAAAUGACUCUCGAACUGAGCAGUAGUGGGGCAGGUGCUUAAGAUUUGAAGUAGAAGACAACUAGUAGCAAAACCGUAAAAGACGUAAAAGAGUAGAUGCCUUCAAUUCACUUGCUAUAAAACCCUUUUUUGGCCCUCAGAUUUAGAAGUCUGAUAUCUAUAAAGUAAUAAAACUACUUAUUGACAUUUUUGUGUGGCACUCUCUUAAGUUAUAUCCUAGUAAAAUAGUUUUGAUUUUUCUGAUUUAUUACUGUGGGUCAUUAUUUUGUUACAUGUUUAUAUACCUUUAUGCAACACAAUUAUGCUCGGAAGAAAAAAUCGUAUGGUUGCCCUUCUACGUGGUUCUUUGUAGAAUUAUUUAUGAUU